GCGUGGAGAAUCCGCUGCUUCAGCACAGUGACGCACCGGUGAAUUUAACAGCUCGAUGAGCAACUGCUGGUGAAUCAACAACGGCGUGGAGAAUCCGCUGCUUCAGCACAGUGACGCACCGGUGAAUUUAACAGCUCGAUGAGCAACUGCUGGUGAAUCAACAACGGCGUGGAGAAUCCGCUGCUUCAGCACAGUGACGCACCGGUGAAUUUAACAGCUCGAUGAGCAACUGCUGGUGAAUCAACAACGGCGUGGAGAAUCCGCUGCUUCAGCACAGUGACGCACCGGUGAAUUUAACAGCUCGAUGAGCAACUGCUGGUGAAUCAACAACGGCGUGGAGAAUCCGCUGCUUCAGCACAGUGACGCACCGGUGAAUUUAACAGCUCGAUGAGCAACUGCUGGUGAAUCAACAACGGCGUGGAGAAUCCGCUGCUUCAGCACAGUGACGCACCGGUGAAUUUAACAGCUCGAUGAGCAACUGCUGGUGAAUCAACAACGGCGUGGAGAAUCCGCUUUAUGACGGUGCAUGCGGGGCUCAAUUUGACAACCCACCCUAUGCUAUGGGUUGUGAUAUUUGUAGUUUUUUCUAUCUUUGUAGCCGCAUAGAUCUGGGCAAAAGCAAGUGUACUUAAAAACUACGAUUCCCAGAAAUCGGGAUAAGCUGCUGCGGUUGUAUAUCCUGGUUACAGAGGAGCAGGAAGUGCGGCGAAGGAGGCUUGGCAAUGCUGAAGUAUUUUAAAUGAAUGCGCUGUAUUAUCAAAUUCAGUAAGCGGAAUAAUACAGUUAUGGGUGAAGUGAUGAAUGGGGACAGUAUGAAAGGGGUCGUGGACCUGCUGACGUUGGGUAUAACGCGGAUAUUGGAAAGCCGCCCAGGUGUCACAGACGUGAAGUUUGUGGAGAAGGAGCCCGCUGAGCGCCACGUCAUCUUAUCUUGGGAACUGAAGCACUGCUGCAUCCUGCCUGAGGACCUGAGGGAUUUCUACCUCACCACAGAUGGCUUUCAGCUCACCUGGAGCGCCAAGUUUGAUGGACAGCCCGUGCCGCUGGGCUCCAUGGUUAUCAACAGCGUGUGUGCGCUGAGCCCCCUGUGCGAGUCCCCUCUGUACUCCCUGCCCAGCGCACCCACCCUGGCAGACCUGGACAGCGAGUCAGACAGCGAGGGGGUGAAAAGCCAGCCAGUGAAGCCCCAUUUUGAUUCCCGAAGUCGGAUAUUUGAGUUGGACGCCUGCAACGGAAAUGGAAAAGUCUGCCUUGUUUACAGAAACGUCAAACCACGGCUGGUGGCGCAGCAGUGUGAGGUGUGGUUUCUGGACCGCGCGCUGUACUGGCACUUCCUCACUGAGUCUUUCAUUGCCUACUAUCGGCUCAUGGUCACCCACCUGGGGCUUCCUGAGUGGCAAUACCGAUUCACCAAGUAUGGGCCCAGCCCACAGACCAAGCAGUGGUCGUGUCUGUACCGGCCCAUCACUUCCAGCUGUGACCCGCACACCGACCAAGGGGAGCCCUUCCUUAACAAGCUGGAUCCCAACAGAGCCUUCCGGGGCAAAGCCAAGCUGCCCACCCCCAAAAAGAAGAUUGCCACCCAGUCCACAGGGGCUCAGAGAGGGAGGAACAUGGGGGCCAGCGCUGCCAGGAAGUGAGCCCUCAUACCCCCUGAAGAAUUGCCAGAAAAUGACCCCCUCAGCAGAGCUGUGCUCAAUUAUAAUUACAGAUACAGCAGAAUUGUUUGCUGAAAUUACAAUUCAAUUAGUUACAAGUAUACAGCAGUAAUUACAGUUACACUAAAAAGUUACAUAAACUACACACAUUAGCAUGUUUCCUCUAUGUAUUCUAAAUAAACAAGCAAUAAUCACAGAUACAAAUACAGAAAAAUGCUACAACCUUUAACCUUUUUAAACAAAUGGGGUCCCAAAAAGUGUUUGAAAAUACCAGAAUAGUGAUUGAAUGACAAAUAAAUGUGUUAUUGAACUGUGAUUGAUCAAUUGUAUGGGAUAAUUACAUUUGCAAUUGUGCAGGCGUGCCAGGGUUUAACUACAAUUACAAAUACAUUGUAAUUGCACAAUUACACUUGUAAUUCACCCCAGGUCUGCCCCACAUACCGCCUUACCCAGAUGAGAGGCUGACAUCCAGAAUGUUGUUUCCUGAGGUCCAGCUUGCCAGAUCUCUGUGCCUCUCCUUAUUAAAAGGAUUCUUCCAGUGCAUGGGUGCUGAUCCAGCACUUUCCUCUUUAAGCCCCGGGAUGCUGAGUGCAGUGGCCUUGGCUUACCAGUUGACCACGUCGCGAUUCCUUUUCAAUUGCUGCAUAAGCGGGUUUGACUUCCCUACAAAGUCGUCUUUGUAAAAUUUCAUGUCUGCUCACCUGUGAUAUGUAUUUAUUUAUCUAUUUAUUAAAGCUGUUUAUCCAGGUGAUGAAUGCAUUCCUUCUUUCUACUAGAGAUCAUUGGCGAGUUAUUAGUGCUAAACUGCAGGUAAGUGAAAAAUACUGUUAGCUAAUAGGUAUGCCUGAGGACAGGCAGUGUGGUCAGAGCUGAGGACUGGGAUCCAGGAGACAGUGUGGUCUAGUGGCUAGAGCUGAGGACUGGGAGGCAGUGUGGUUUAGUGUUUAGAAUGAGGACUGUGAGCCAGGAGGCAGUGUGGUCUAGUGGCUAGCGCUGAGGACUGGGAGGCAGUGUGGUCUAGUGGUUAGAGCUGAGGACUGGGAGCCAGGAGGCAGUGUGGUCUAGUGGUUAGAGCGGAGGACUGGGAGCCAGGAGGCAGUGUCAUCUAGUGGUUAGAGCUGAGGACUGGGAGGCAGUGUGGUCUAGUGGCUAGAGCUGAG